GUAGGAUUCGUUCGAUUUGCUAUACGUUUAGUUGUAGGAAAACUAAGACACCGAGAACAUUAUUUGCUUGUAAUUGCACGUUCUUCCGCUCUCUUGUUGAGUGCAAUGCGGUCACUGAAGAAUGCCAUCCGUUCGCGGCUAUACAGGAAGCGAGCUCGGCCGCAUUCUCGGAGACAUUUUGGGCUUUUUGAGAAACACAGAGACUAUGUCAAGCGUGCUAAAGCUUAUCAUAAGAAGGAAGCCACUUUAGAGAAACUUGAAGAGAAAUCAGCCUUCAGGAAUCGAGAUGAAUUUUACUUUAAGAUGAUUAAGGCCAGAACAGUCCAUAAACCAGAGAGACGGGUAAAUAAGUAUACUAAAGAGCAACUCAUACUGAUGAAAACCCAAGAUGCAGAGUAUAUACUUCAGAAAAUGCAGAGUGAGGAAAGGAAAAUUGAAAAACUGACAGCCACGUUACAUUCUUUUGAUAAUCAGCCAUCAAAUGAGCAUCUUUACUUUGCUGAAGACAGGGAGGAGACCAAUGAAAUUCAAUGUCGUUCCUCCAAAGGUAGAUGGACAGCAUUGUCUGAAACAGUUCCUAACAGUAUUAAGAGGAAAACCGCUGCUUCUUACAAAGAAUUGGAGGCAAGGAGGAGUAGAGUCUGGGAAUUAGAGAAACUUUAUAGGGAUAUGAGAUUUCAACAAGAACUAAGGAAAAUGGGCCGCAAACGUAAACGCCAAGAAGAUGAACUCUCCAAUCCAACUUCUAAUCCUGUAUACAAAUGGCGGGCAGAACGAAAACGCUGAAUUGAUUCGCCUAUUUGAUUACCGUAGAAUUAUUUGCAAUUUUCAUGGAAACAGGACGAAGCACUGACGACCUAAAUUUUGCAGAAGUAGGCUGACAAACACUCACUGACGACCUAAAUUUUGGUUCCUUUGUUUUCAUGCUAUUUAAUUAAGAUGUUUUGUUUCUUCUAUGAAGAAUGUAAUGACCGUACUGUUACUGUUUUUAGUUAGGAAUAUCAAUAUAGUUUGAUUCAUCAAUAGCUAA